AUGUCGAAGAAAGACGAUGUUAUCACUACUCAACAAUUCGAAACGGCCCCAGAUGGCGGAUACGAUGACGAGGUGAUCAAACCUGAUCGAGACCGCCAUGAAGUGGCGGAUGACGAGGCGAGGAACUAUGUUAAUCCGGAUUUGGUCAUAUCUGAAGACGAGAGUAAGAGGAUGAGAAGAAGAAUCCAUAGAAGAGUUCUCCCCUUGAUGUGUUUGGCUUAUAUCACCCAGGCUAUGGAUAAGGGUACUCUAGGACCUGCUUCGAUCAUGGGCUGGAUCGACGACGUAGGAGCUAAAGGCAACGAGUAUGCACUUACAAGUACUCUGCUAUGGUGCGGUAUCAUCGUUGGUGAACCUAUCGCAAACCAACUUGUUAGACGAUUCCCAUUGGGUAAAUUGCUCGGAUCGGCCAUGAUCAUCUGGUCAGGACUUCUUUUGGGCCUCACGUUUUCCUUGUCUAUUCCGCCGGUAUUUGCUAUCCGAUUCCUAUUGGGUUUCUUCGAAAGUCUUUUCGGUCCUGUACUGCUUUCCAUCACUGUACAAUGGUAUUUGAAAGACGAGCAGCCUUUCGUCAGUUCAGUUUGGCAGUCCAUGUUAGGUGGAAGUCAAGCUAUAAUGAGUCUUUUUGGCUACGCCUUUUACCACCUUAAAAACAAAAAAGGCGGUCUUCACGGGUGGCAAUGGAUGACUUUGACCGUAUCUCUCUUCUCGUUCUUUACAGCAGUGAUGACCUUCCUCUUCCUUCCGGACAGUCCCACUAGAGCCCGAUGGCUCAGCGAGGAGGAAAAAACCAAAUACGUUGAGCGAGUCCGAUCGAACAAUCAAGGUAUCAAGCAUAAAGAAUUCAAGAAAGCUCAGAUCUUCGAAGCGAUCUCUGAUCCGUACACCUAUCUCUUGUUCCUGUUGGCGUUUUUCAAUACUUUGGUUGUGGGGGGUAUAAAUACCUUUAAUGCGAUUUUGAUCAAUCAGGCGUUUGGUUUCAGCGUCUUGGAUAGUCAAUUGCUUUCAAUCCCUCUCGGCGCUUGCGUGGUCGUUACGUACAUUCUACAGGCGUAUCUUGUCACCAAGACCAAACAGACCCUCUUGGUGAUGAUUUGCACUGUGAUUCCCAACAUCGUUGGUACCAUAAUGUUGAUCUGUAUAGCACCUACCAACAAAACCAGAGGAGUCUUGAUCUUCGCUUUCUACUUGAUGCAAUUCUUUCAAUCGUGUAACCCUUCGAUAUUCAUGAUGCUAUCUCGUAACUCUGCUGGUCAAACCAAAAAGUCUUUCACUUACGCUACCACAUACAUCGCUUGGGCCGGCGGGAACGCAAUUGCAAGCAACCUCUUUCAGGCUAGAUGGGCCAAAAGAUACCUACCCUCUCUCUAUAUCCACCUCGGCCUAUACGGGGGGUUCAUAAUCACUUGUUUGGUCACUCGGAUCCUCCUAGUCCGACGAAACAAGAAGAAAAUCGCCGCUCAAACGAACGAAGAUGGGACUGUUGUCAAUUUCAAUGCGAGGGCGUUCGAGGAUCUUACUGAUCUCGAGAACCCCGAUUUCAGAUACUCCAUCUAG